AUGGGCAGACUUGGCUGCAAAAGUUACACUGGUUACACCAACUACACUGGUUACACCACCUACACUGGUCACACCACCUACACUAGCUACAUCAACUACACUGGUUACACCAACUACACUGGUUACACUAACAACACUCGCUACACCAACUACACUGCUUACGCCAACUACACUGGUUACACUAACUUCACUGGUUACACCACCUACACUCGUCGCACCACCUACACUCGCUACACCAACUACACUGCUUACACCUACUACACUGCUUACACUAACUACACUAACUACACUGGUUACUCCAACUACACUGGUUACACCACCUACACUGGUCACACCACCUACACUGGCUACACCAACUACACUGGUUACACCAACUGCACUGGUUACACUAACUACUCUGGUUACACUACCAACACUGGUUACACCAACUACACUGGCUACACCAACUACACUGGCUACACCAACCACACUGGCUACACCAACUACACUGGCUACACAACCUGCACUGGUUACACUAACUACACUUGUUACACUAACUACUCUGGUUACACUACCAACACUGGUUACACCAACUACACUGGCUACACCAACUACACUGGUUACACCAACCACACUGGCUACACUAACUCCUCUGGCUACACUAACUACACUGGCUACACCAACUACACUGGUUACACUAACUACACUUGUUACACCAACUACACUGGCUACACAACCUGCACUGGUUACACUAACUACACUUGUUACACUAACAACACCUGCUACACCAACUACACUGGUUACACUAAAUAUUCUGGUUACACUAACUACACUGGCUACACCAACUACACUGGUUUUACUAACUACACUGGCUACACAACCUGCACUGGUUACACCAUCUACACUGGUUACACUAACUACACUGGCUACACCAACUACACUGGUUACACUAAAUAUUCUGGUUACACUAACUACACUGGCUUCACCAACUACACUGGUUAUACUAACUACACUGGCUACACAACCUGCACUGGUUACACCAACUACACUGGUUACACUAACUCCUCUGGCUACACUAACUCCUCUGGAUACACCAGCUACACUGGUUACACUAACUACACUGGCUACACCAACUACACUGGCUACACCAACUACACUGACUACACCAACUAUACUGGUUACACCAACUACACUGGUUACACUUACUACACUGUUUACACUAACUACACUGGCUACACAACCUGCACUGGUUACACCAUCUACACUGGUUACACUAACUACACUGGCUACACCAACUACACAGGUUACACUAAAUAUUCUGGUUACACUAACUACACUGGCUUCACCAACUACACUGGUUAUACUAACUACAAUGGCUACACAACCUGCACUGGUUACACCAACUACACUGGCUACACCAACUACAUUGGUUACACCAACUACACUGGUUACACUAACUCCUCUGGAUACACCAGCUACACUGGUUACACUCACUACACUGGCUACACCAACUACACAGGUUAA